AUGACGAAGAUCAAAAGAGAGCGGUCGCCGACUGAACCAGAUGUCAAACCUCCCCGAGCUGAGGAACCGGCGGCAAAAAAGGCCAAGGUCUCAGGCAAUGCGCGCCGCCAAUUCUGUGGCCGUAUCAUCGUCCAGGAUUACGAUAUCCAGAUCGCAGUCUUUGCCAACAGCCUCUACCAUGCCCGCGACGUAAAUGACGGCUACGCUCUCGUGUUCAAGCAACCCGACGGUGCGCAGAUUGUGCUUGCGUGGCCGCUCUAUAACACCGGAGAAGACGCCCUCCAAGGCAUUGCCGUCGCGCAGGCCAUCGAGGUGGCCGGAAAAGUGGUGCGGGCUUGGACCGACAAGUACGUCGAAAACCUCGGCGGACGUAUGCUGAACUUUGUGGCCAGGGCCCGAGUGUUGGUCUUCUCGGACAACAAGACGAUGCUGGAUGUUCUGGACUGGAGAGCAGCCGCAGUCUCCGCGGUCCACUAUAAAGUUGUUGACAUAAUCAUAGAUAAGUCCUACGAGUUUACGCAUAUGCCGGGGAUGGACAACAGAACAUUCGCCAUCUUUGACGGCGAGCACGGCAUCCUCGCGAUGCUGAAGGGCGUCUACGAGAAUCUGGGAGAGGAGAUCAAGGCGUUGGAGGCCAUGUUUCCCAAGCCGCCCAAGCCGGCCAGCCUCGGCGCGUGGCGCCAAAGCUGCAGAAGUCGCACUUCCAGCAGGCACGAACUAGAGCCAUGA